CCUCCUCCUCUGUCUCCGAAUGGAGAGUGAUCUUUUUUCACAUCUAUUGAAUCUCCCAGAGAUCGCCUUGUCGCGCGGCCUGAGGAGGGACCACAUAGAUCACAGAAAUGCUUCAGCCACCGAGGGAUCGACGUUUGCAGAGCAUCCACUGAUCGCGCGAACUUUCCAGCGGACGCCGUGAAAGUGGGCAAUUGUUGGAGACCUCCAGAUUCGCGAAAUGUUGCAAUGGAAGGCGCAGACUCUGACUCGCCGUCUCAAACAGGAGUAUGAAGUGCUUCGCGGAUCUGGGAUCAACGAGAGACAAACUUGGUUUUCUUCGGAUAUCACUAAACGCUCGCGGGGAAAUACACUAGCGCGGAUACCGAGACGCUCGGCGCAGACCUUGCAACAUGGCCUCGGCUGUUAAUGUCUCCUCCGAGCAGGAAAACAGAGACCCCGAUCGGCCGAGGGUAACGCGGAGAAAUAGGGGCAACUAUCGGACCGCCGCGGCGGAUUUGGAGUAUUUGCAGCGGCCGAGCUAUUGCGAUGCCGCCUUUGCGCUGGAGCAGAUAUCAGAGGGGAAUGCGACUGGGAGGAAAGCGCCGCUGUGGUUGAGAGCAAAGUUUCAAAGACUUUUGUUUAAACUUGGCUGUUACAUACAAAAGAACUGCGGAAAGUUUUUAGUUGUGGGCCUUUUAAUAUUCGGAGCUUUUGCUGUUGGCUUAAGGGCAGCUAAUCUGGAGACGGACGUGGAGAAACUCUGGGUAGAAGUGGGUGGCAGGGUGAAUCAGGAACUCAAGUACACACGGCAGAAGAUCGGAGAGGAGGCCAUGUUUAGUCCUCAGCUCAUGAUACAGACGCCUCGUCAGGAAGGUGCUAACAUUUUGACCGUAGAGGCGCUAAAGCAGCACCUCGACUCUGCCAUAAAGGCCAGCAGAGUGCACGUUUACAUGUACAACAGGCAAUGGACAUUGGAACAUUUAUGCUACAAAUCAGGAGAACUUGUUACCGAAACCAAUGUUGUGGACCAGAUCUUAGAAAAACUGCACCCUUGUCUUGUCAUCACUCCUCUGGACUGCUUCUGGGAAGGUGCUAAGCUACAUUCAGGAACAUUCUAUCUCCCUGGCAAACCCCCAUUACAGUGGACCAACUUCGAUCCGAUGGGCUUCAUUGCUGAGUUGAAGAUGCUGAAGUAUCAGGUGGACAGCUGGGAGGAGAUGCUGGUUAAAGCAGAUGUGGGUCAAGGUUACAUGAACCGGCCCUGCCUGAAUCCUGCAGACCCCGACUGCCCAUUAUCAGCUCCCAACAAGAACACCACAGGGCCUUUUGACGUGGCUCCUGUUCUGACUGGUGGCUGCUAUGGGCUUUCCAAAAAGUACAUGCACUGGCAGGAGGAGCUUAUCGUAGGUGGGACCAAGAAGAACGACAGCGGCAAACUUUUGAGUGCACAGGCCUUUCAGACCAUGUUCCAGCUCAUGACCCCAAAGCAGAUGUACGAGCACUUGAAGGGCUACGAUGAGGUUUCGCACAUCAACUGGAACGAGGACAAAGCAGCUGCCAUACUAGAAGCCUGGCAGAGGAAAUACUCUGAGGCUGUCCAGCAGAGUGUGCCGGUAAAUUCCUCUCAGAAAGUGCUCACGUUCACCACCACCACCCUGGAAGACAUCCUGAAGUCCUUCUCUGAUGUCAGCGUGAUCCGGAUCGCCAGUGGCUACUUGCUAAUGCUUGCCUAUGCGUGUCUGACCAUGCUACGGUGGGACUGCGCCAAGUCUCAGGGGGCGGUCGGCCUGGCUGGAGUCCUGCUGGUCACUCUUUCUGUUGCCGCUGGAUUGGGACUCUGCUCGCUUUUGGGGAUCUCCUUCAACGCCGCUACCACACAGGUGUUGCCGUUCCUGGCUCUUGGCGUCGGGGUGGACGAUGUCUUUCUCCUGGCUCAUGCUUUCAGCGAAACCGGCCAGAACAAGAGGAUUCCUUUCGAGGACCGCACUGGUGAAUGUCUGAAGAGAACUGGCGCUAGCGUAGCUUUGACCUCCAUCAGUAACGUGACAGCGUUUUUUAUGGCCGCCCUUAUCCCAAUACCAGCACUCAGAGCUUUCUCCCUACAGGCGGCAGUGGUGGUGGUGUUUAACUUUGCCAUGGUGCUACUCAUCUUUCCUGCCAUCCUCAGCAUGGACCUGUAUCGCAGAGAGGACCGCCGCUUUGACAUCUUCUGCUGCUUUGUCAGCCCUUGCGCUAACCGAGUGAUCCAGUUGGAGCCACAGGCAGCGUAUGCCGAUUCCUCAGCGGACUCGAGUCGCUACAGCCCUCCACCCUCCUACAGCAGCCACAGUUUCGCCCAGCACACCCAAAUCACCAUGCAGUCCACCGUACAGCUGCGCACCGAAUAUGACCCCAGAACACAGGCCUACUACACCACGGCUGAGCCCCAUUCCCACAUCUCUGUCCAACCCUACGCCCCCAAUACAAAUCCUAACCCCAACCCCAACCGCAACAACAAUAACAACAACUGCACCAACAACAGCAGCAGUGCAGUGCCAGGAGUAGCCACUGAUACAGCAUCCUGCCAGAGUCCAGAUGGCGCCAGCUCCACACGAGACCUGCUAUCUCAGUUUGGGGAUUCGGGUAUACGUUGUCUGGAUUCUCCGUAUUCAAGAUGGACUUUCGCAUCAUUUGCUGAAAAGCACUACGCACCAUUUCUGCUUCAGUCUACAACGAAGGUGGUGGUGAUUUUCCUGUUCCUGGCACUCCUCGGGGUCAGUCUGUACGGCACCACCCGCGUUCGGGAUGGGUUAGAGUUGACUGACAUUGUGCCACGGGAGACGGGUGAAUAUGACUUCAUACGUGCCCAGUUCCGUUAUUUUUCAUUCUACAACAUGUACGUGGUGACCCAGAGGGCGGACUACGCACAGAUCCAGCCUCAGCUCUAUGAGCUGCACCAGCGCUUUGGCUCUGUGAAGUACAUCCUGCGGGAAGAGAACGGCCAACUCCCGCGCAUGUGGCUGCAUUACUUCAGAGACUGGCUGCUAGGUCUGCAGGAGGCGUUUGAUAAGGACUGGCAGGCUGGUAGGAUCACUCAGGGGAACUACAGGAACGGCUCGGAUGAUGGUGUUUUGGCCUAUAAACUCCUGGUGCAGACCGGUCGCAGGGAAAAAACGAUUACCAGACAGCGGUUGGUGAGCGCAGAUGGAAUAAUCAACCCAAACGCUUUCUACAUUUAUUUGUCUGCCUGGGUGAGCAAUGACCCAGUGGCCUACGCCGCAUCCCAGGCCAACAUCCGUCCACACCCUCCAGAGUGGCUCCAUGACAGGACAGACUCCAUUCCUGCCAGCAGACUUAACAUUCCUGCCGCUGAGCCCAUCGAAUAUGCACAGUUUCCCUUCUACCUCAACGGGCUUCGCGAGACGCCACAGUUCGUGGAGGCCAUCGAGAGCGUUCGCGCCAUCUGCAACAACUUCAGUCGCCAAGGUCUUCCCAGCUACCCCAACGGCUACCCCUUCCUCUUCUGGGAGCAGUAUGUAGGCCUACGCCACUGGCUCCUGCUUUCCAUCAGCGUUGUGCUGGCCUGCACCUUUUUGGUGUGCGCAGUCUUCCUGCUCAACCCCUGGACUGCCGGAAUCAUAGUGUUGGUUCUGUCUUUAAUGACAGUAGAGCUUUUUGGUAUGAUGGGAUUGAUCGGCAUCAAGCUCAGCGCUGUGCCUGUCGUCAUCCUCAUCGCUUCCGUUGGCAUCGGAGUGGAGUUCACUGUUCACGUGGCACUGGCAUUCCUCACAGCCAUCGGUGACAGGAACAAGCGAGCCGUUCUUGCACUGGAACACAUGUUCGCCCCAGUGCUGGAUGGAGCGUUUUCUACUCUGCUAGGAGUCUUGAUGCUGGCAGGGUCAGAGUUUGACUUCAUAGUCAGGUAUUUCUUCGCUGUUUUGGCCAUCCUAACAGUGUUAGGGGUCCUGAAUGGACUGGUGCUGCUCCCAGUCUUAUUGUCCUACUUUGGCCCUUAUCCUGAGGUAUCUCCAGCGGAUGGGCAAAGCCGGCUGCCCACCCCGUCUCCAGAGCCUCCGCCACAGGUGGUCCGCUUCACCAUGCGUCCAAGUCACACGACCCCUGGAGCUGGUUCAGACUCCUCAGACUCAGAAUACGGCUCUAACACAACUGUGUCCGGAAUAAGCCAGGAGCUUCAGCAGUACAACCUCCAGCCCAACAGGGGGCGAUCAGCCAGACUGGAGGAGGUGCGGAUCGCCACAGCAGGACGACAAGGCAGCCGUCAAGUUGAACUGCCAAUGUUUCCUUCUUGCUCAGAUGACUCCAGACAGCAGCAAAUACAGCAGCAUUACAGGUCCAGUUCUCACGAUGCUGCUCCUCAGCCGUCAAAGCGAUAUUGUAGCAGGGACCCUAAGAGGGACUUUGGGAGCGGUCACCCGCCUCCUCCUCACAGGCCUCGCAUGGAUGCUUUUGAAACCGCUACUGAGCCAGGAGGCCAUUCAGGCCCCAACCACCGGGACCGCUCAGGGGCCCAUCGCCCCCGGUCCCACAACCCCUACAACCCCCACCCCUCCCAUCCGUCCACUGGCCCCAAUUACUGUCAGCCCAUCACAACGGUAACGGCCUCAGCUUCAGUGACAGUCGCCGUUCAUUCAGGAGUGCCCAGUCAGAGCCCCGCGUACCCGUCCUACCCCUCCAAUGACAGCUAUCAGACUUCAGGAGACGUCCACAAUGACCCACACUUCUCCGACCCUCACGUGCCCUUUGACGAGAGCCACGACAGCUCGAAAGUGGAGGGCAUGGAGCUGCAGGAUCUAGAAUAUGACACUGCCAAUGUCUGCCACACAAGACCCUCCAGCUGAGUGGUUGAAUGUUGAAG